CGGAGGUGUUUGCUGCCCUGUGUUUGCUCUGCUGCCCAGUGCACUGUGCAAACAUUGGCGGUGUAACACCGUGGCUGAGGGACAGAGCCCGUUCUGCCCCUGUCGCGAUGGUUGACCCUACUCUGGCAGAAAUGGGAAAGAAUCUGAACGAAGCCAUGAAGAUGCUGGAAGACAAUCAGAGAAAAGUGGAGGAGGAAAAUGAAAAGAAAUAUGCACGGAAGGACAUUCCUGGACCACUCCAAGGCAGUGGCCAGGAUAUGGUGAGCAUACUUCAGUUGGUUCAGAACCUAAUGCAUGGAGAGGAGGAAGAGGAAACUUCUCAGUCCUAUCGACUCCAAAAUGUUGGUGAACAGGGUCACAUGGCUCUACUGGGGCAUAGUUUGGCUGCUUAUAUAUCUGUGCUGGACAGGGAAAGACUGAGAAAACUUACAACAAGGAUCCUUUCUGAUACUACUCUCUGGCUUUGCAGGCUUUUCAGGUAUGAAAAUGGAUCAGCUUAUUAUCACGAAGAUGAUCGUGAAGGUCUCCUAAAAAUCUGUCGCCUCGUUAUUCACACGCGCUACGACGAUUACACAAUCGAAGGGUUUAACGUGCUCUGUUCUAAGCAGCCUGUCAUAUACAUCAGUUCUGCAGCCAGGACAGGCCUGGGCCAAGCUCUCUGCAAUCAGCUGGGGUUGCCCCUUUCCUGCAUGUGCCGUGUGCCUUGUAACACUAUGUUUGGAUCUCAGCACCAAAUGGAUGUUGCUCUGUUGGACAGAGUGAUUAAAGAUGAUGUUGAGUCUGGAAAACUGCCUUUGUUGCUUGUGGCCAAUGCUGGCACUCCCGGCGCGGGGCACACGGACAAGCUGGGCCGGCUGAAGGAGCUCUGUGAGCAGUACAACAUGUGGCUCCACGUGGAAGGUGUGAAUCUGGCAACUUUGGCUUUGGGUUAUGUCUCCUCUUCUGUACUGGCUGCUACAAAAUGUGACAGCAUGACUCUCACCCUGGGUUCCUGGCUGGGGCUCCCAGCUGUGCCUGCAGUGACACUCUACAGACACGAGGAUCCAUCCUUGUCCUUGGCAGCCGGGCUGACAUCGAGCCAGCCCGUGGAGAAGCUCCGUGCCCUGCCCCUGUGGCUCUCCCUGCAGUACCUGGGUCAUGAUGGCAUCGUGGAGAGGAUAAAACACGCCUCUCAGCUGAGUCAAAGGCUGCUGGAAAACCUGAAAAACCUGGAUUUCAUUAAAACUUCGGUUGAAGAUGAACUGAGUUCACCAGUGGUGGUUUUCAAGUUUUUCCAGGAAUAUUCAAACAGAGAUCAGACCUCACAUGCUGCACAGGCCUCAACUAUUCAGCACCCCAUCAUAAGCAAUGAAAGACACAUUUAUGACACUUUCAAUCAGUGGCUGGGAGAGCAGCUGGCACAGCUGGUUCCUGCCAGUGGAGUGGAUGUGGUAGAGCUGGAAGAUGAGGGCACGUGUGUGCGGUUCAGCCCCCUGAUGACUUCUGCAGUUUUAGGAACUGAAAUACAAGACAUUGAUCAGUUGGUGGACUGCUUGAAGAUGAAGAUCCCAGUAUUGACAAGCACUCUGCAGCUGAGAGAGGAGUUUGAGCAAGAAGCGAGAAGAACAGCUGACCUGUUGUAUAUUGAAGAUCUUGGCUGGCCAGGGUUAGGUGUUGUAAGGUACAACUACCACAGUGAUGAGAAGAAUGAUGACAAACAAGAAAAAGAACUAGAAAAAAUCAAUACAGAACUUCUGAAGAAGUUAAAUGAACUGGAAUCAGAUCUCACUUUUUCUUUGGGUCCAGAAUUUGGGGGGCAGAAGAACUGUGUUUACAUUGGAAUGGUCACAGAGGAUCUGGAUGUGUCAGAGUUGGUUGAAACCAUUGCAGCAACAGGCAGAGAAAUUGAAGAAAAUUCCAGACUGUUGGAAAACAUGACUGAAGUUGUUAGAAAAGGGAUCCAGGAAGCACAGCUUCAGCUUCAGAAAGCAAAUGAAGAGCGACUUCUGGAGGAGGGGCUGCUGCGACAGAUUCCUGUGGUGGGCUCUGUGCUGAACUGGUUUUCCCCCUUCCAAGCCUCUCCGAAGGGAAGGACGUUCAAUUUAACAGCAGGCUCUCUGGAAUCCACAGAAUCCACAUAUGUGUCAAAGGCCCAAGGAACAGGCACCACUCCACCACCCACUCCCACUUCCAGCCUUGCAAAGCAAAGACUUCCUGGUCAGAAAGCUUUUAAAAGGUCUCUAAGAAGCUCUGAUGGGUUCAGUGAGACCAGUUCCAUCAGCCACUGUGAUGACCUGGAGAAGAUGGAUCAGAGACCCCCAGCUCUAUCCCCCAGCCACGAGCAAGGACCUUUGGAGACAGAAAAACCAGAGGAGCAGAAGGAGGUGGCACAGGCACAGACAAACACUGAGGACACUCACAGUGACAAAUCACCACCUGACUGUGCAAAGGGAGAGGAACAAAUGCGAGGUUUGCUGUCGGGGAACAGGGACCGAGAUGGAAAGGGAUGUGCUUUGAGAAAUGUUAAUGUAGAUCGCAUGUGGGAAACAAAGUGGGGUGGCUCAGCCAGGGGCGACGUGGAAAGAUUCUGAAAGAGAAGAUGGGAGCAAGAGCUGCUUGAUAUUCAGAGCACAAUGUUCUCCAGAUCCUGCCUUCCAAUAAGGAUAUUCCCCACCCUUCCCAGGGCCAGCAGUGCACUGGAAGAAGUUCUGACAGACUGCAUCCCCUCCUCUCUACUCAGCCAGAAGGGGAAAAAAAAAGCUCAGUUUCAGGUACCUGUAAAAUCUGGGCAUCAUCCUGUUCCAACCAGAAGUCCACGUGUGGGAAAGGCCCCCAGAAAUAAGGCCCAAUACGGAGCUGUUCCGUCUUUGCAUCGUAGAUGUUGGUGAGCUGUAAGAACACAGGGAGCCUGCAGGGUCAGACAGGGCUCACACUGGCAAAGAGCACAUUCCCUUGGUCUGAGGGCCCUGGGCUCAGCUCCUGUCCCAGACAGACCGUGGGCCAGCUCAGCCCUUCCUUCCGACUGCGGUACCUUGAACCAGUUCUGACAAACGUGACAUUAAACAGUAACAGCAAACCCAGAACCCAGAGAAUGCUACCAAAGAAUUUUGUUUCCUCAGACUUUGGAUGUUUGUCCCAACUGGUCUCCCCUUCUGACAAAAAUACCGUUUCCCCCCCCCCCCCAUAUUAUUUUUACUCACUGGUGCUCCUGUUAAAACAUGGGCUGAACGCAAAUCCUCAUCCGGCCCUUUUUCUGGGAAGGUUGCAGGGAAAAUCUCUGCUGUUUUAACAUUCACAGCUGGGAGGAAACAGAGAUUAAAAUACUGAAACAAUUAAUUCCUACAAGGCGUUUGUUUACAGUGACCAUGUCCCCAACACAACUGUGUUGCAGAACUUCAGAACCCAUCGCACUCUUGUAUUUCUCAGACCCCUGAGCCUGCAACAGCACAUUUCUACUCCAUUUCCUUUGACAGCAUUUCAAUAUUCCACAGAUGCAUGAACUAAUUAGAAGAAACACUGAAUAAUCAAUAAGAAGGUUGAAUUCGAAGCAGAAAUUUAGUGCAGUAGCUUGAUAUUGAUAAAAUCAUAAGUGCAGUUAAAGGAAAAUAAAUCUGCUUGCCUUUGUACACAGCCCCUCCUACAUGUGCAACUGUGGUACCACAAGACAAGUAUUUCUACCUUCACCUCUGACAGCAGCUUGUAACUUUUAGGAUGGACUUCAGCCAGUCAUUAACUAUAAGCCCAUUUACCACUGGAAUCUGAAAAGCAAUCCAGUUACAAAAAUAUAAUUAAAUUCUAAUUUACUCACCUA